AUGUCCAUCCACGCCGUCAACCCGAACGUCGACAACCUCCGGCGCAAGAACAGCAGCAAGUCCUUUCUCACACGCGGCGACAGCUAUCGAAGGUCUACGAGAGGUAGCGACGGCACUGUGAAUACGACAAGCACUGCGAGAACCAACAUCACGGCGCCGCCCGAGUAUAGCAAGAAGUUCGUCGUCGUCGGCGAUGGAGGGUGCGGGAAGACUUGCUUGUUAAUCAGCUACUCGCAAGGAUACUUUCCAGAGAAAUACGUACCUACGGUUUUCGAGAACUACAUCACUACUGUCGAGCACAAGCCAUCGGGAAAAGGUGUCGAGCUGGCCCUUUGGGAUACUGCAGGACAAGAAGAGUAUGACAGAUUGAGGCCGCUGUCAUAUCCAGAGACAGAUCUGCUCUUCGUAUGCUUUGCGAUUGACUGCCCUAAUUCCCUUGAGAAUGUUCUGGACAAGUGGUACCCUGAAGUCCUCCACUUCUGCCCAACAACACCCAUGAUACUCUGCGGCCUGAAGUCCGAUCUUCGACACAAGCGCACAUGCAUCGAGCUGCUCAAGACCCAAGGGCUCACUCCCGUCACCCAACAGCAAGGCAAAGCCGUGGCGCAAAAGAUGGGCGCAUUAUAUAUGGAGUGUUCCUCCAAGGAGAUGGCCGGUGUCCACGAGAUCUUCGACACCGCGAUCGACAUGACCGUCCGCGGCCAGGAUCAACAGGCAGAAGAACUUCGUGCACCUGGCAGCAGGAGUAGUCCUGCAGGAGGGAGCAUGCCCGUCAAGCGGCAGAAGCGCAGUAAAUGCAAGAUCCUCUAA